AUGGGCAGCAACAAGGACCCUGCAUUCGUCAUCUCCCCAGUGACAGACGCUUCAGCUGUGGAGAAACACCUCACAUCGCUGCGAGAGCUCCUCCAGCAUUGCAUCAACGAUGAGCCGGAAAUUUCGUCGCUCGGCUUCCUGGCGCCGUUGACGGACCACACGGCCAUCAGCUACUGGCUUGAACUCCUGCCUUCAGUCAUUGGGCCUGGCGCAACAACAACGCUGUUGAUAGCGACGGCUCCCGGCAGCAACGAGGUCGUUGCCACGGUGCAGCUCGCAAGGAUGGCCAAGGAGACACAUUCUUACAAGGGCGAGAUCAGGAAGCUGAUGGUACAUCCCGAUUAUCGACGGCAUGGCCUGGGACGACGGAUGAUGGACGAGGUUGAAAGAGUCGCGCGAGAGGAGUUUGCGCUAGAGUUGUUGUUGCUGGACACAUCGAAGGAGACCCCGGCGAGGCAGUUUUACUUGCGGAAUGGAUGGACGGAAUGGGGUAUUUGCCCUGAGUAUGCAAAGUCGUCAAGCGGAACCAAGCAUGACUGUUCCUUCUUUGUCAAGAGUCUGGUAUAA